AUGGUUAAUUUGCCAGAUUUAUUCGCAAGAAGGAAUCAGUGUUUGGUAGUGGAGUCUGUUCUUCACUCUAUUGUGGUGCUUACCUCACAUUUACAAUUCAAAUCAAAUCAACUCAAAUCAAAUCAAAUCAACUCAAAUCAAAUCAAAUCAAAUCAAAUCAAAUCAAAUCAAAUCAAAUCAAAUCAAAUCAAAUCAAAUCAAAUCAAAUCAAAUCAAAUCAAAUCAAAUCAAAUCAAAUCAAAUCAAAACUGA